UGCUUAAAAGUUUUCGGUGGUCCUAUAAAUUUAGUUAUUUAUUUAUUUGGAUCAGAGUUUAUUCUUUGACUUUAAUUUAAAAUGCGUCUGUCUUUGCAAGAGUCGGUAAAUGUUAUCAAAAUUUUUUAUGAAUGUUUUGAAAAUGCUACUAUAGCUGCAAGGCUGUAUGCUCAACGUUUUCCUCAAAACCGGCGUCUGAGUAGAGGCAUAUUUUUUCGUUUGGCCCGUCGUUUUCGGACAACAGGUAGUGUAGUCCAUCCGACCUACCGUAGACAAGGUCGCAGGAGAACGGAGGAAAACAUAAUAAAUUGUUGAUACAUAGGCAAUGUAGAAUUUGAUCCGUACUUAAGCAUCAGAACUAUUUCAGGCGAUUUAGGCAUACCUCGUUCUGUAAUUCACAGAAUUUUGCAGGAACACAGCUUUCAUCCAUUCAAUAUAGUACUCCACUAGGCAUUAAAUCAAGAAGACUAUGAUAGAAGACUAGAUUAUUGUCAUUGGAUGGAGAAUAUGUUGCUAGAAAAUCCAAAUUUUCUCAACGAAAUUUUAUGGACAGACGAAGCAACGUUCAAUAGUGACGGAGGAGUUAACAGACAUAAUAUGCACUAUUAGUCUGAAACUAACCCUCGUUGGAUGCGCGAGAUCCAGCAUCAGGGAAGGUGGAGUGUUAAUGUCUGGUGCAGUGUAAUAGGAUCUCAGGUUAUAGGUCCAUUUUUAUUUGAUGAGAGCCUAACUGGAGAACGAUAUCUUGGAUUUUUAAGAAAUGAGCUCCCAGCAUUAUUAGAAGAGGUGCCUCUGGUUAUAAGAGCCAACAUGUUUUUACAACAUGACGGAUGCCCGGCUUAUUUCGUGAUACAAGUGCGAACUUUCGCGAAGUUCCUUAAUCAGCGGUACCCUGAUCGGUGGAUUGGCAGAGAUAGCUUUUUCCCUUGGCCGGCAAGAUCGCCAGAUUUAACCUGCCUUGACUUUUAUUUAUGGGGUAGAAUAAAAGCCAUUGUAUUUUCUUCGAUUCCUACCAAUAGAGAAAAUAUGAAACAGCGAAUAAGGGGCGCUAUUCGGAGUUUACCAGCCGCAGAAAUAGAGGCAGCCGUGGAAUCAACCCGACGAAGAAUUCAAAAUUGUAUAGAACAAGACGGACGACAAUUCGAACACCUCGGCAGGCAUUAGGUUUUGGUAUUGUAGGCGGCCGCAGCACCGGAGUAGUAAUAAAAUCGAUUCUCCCCGGGGGCAUCGCGGAUAAAGAUGGCCGCCUGCAGAGUGGAGAUCACAUUUUACAAAUCGGCGAUGUUCACUUGAGAGGCUUUUCCGCAGAACAGGUGGCCGUAGUUCUAAGACAAGCCGGCGUAGAGGUGAGAAUGGUGGUGGCGAGGUCAGUGGAACCCUCCUCGAUCGAUUUCGAGUCGUACCAGUACAUCCCCCCGAUAGUGCCGACGAAAAUCCUGACAGAUCCCGAAGAACUGGAUCGGCAAUUGUUACAAAACGGUUACACGACUUGUUUUAAUUUUAAAAGUGAACAGAGCCCUCUGGAGGAGAAAAGCGAAGUGGAAUUGAGUACCAAAUCUGAUAUUAUCAAUUGCGAAACGAGUUUCAAUCCAGUGGAGAAACUGGAAGCAAUAAGGAAGGUGAAAAGUGUGGAUUUAUGCGGAUUCACUAACUGCAAUAAUAAUGAGAGCAAUAAUAUCAAUAACAAUAAUAAUAACUAUAGCAGUAACACUAGCACAUCGAAAUUCGAGUCACCAGAUAGCGAAAGUCCCGUUAGCACCAGUCAGAUUAUAGUCAUACCAGUAGAUUUAGAGUAUGACAUUCCAGAAACUAAAAAGAUUUCAGUGGUUUUGGGUAAAAAUGAGUUUGGCUUGGGGAUUACUAUUGCAGGUUAUGUAUGCGAGCGCGAGGACCUAAACGGAAUAUUCGUAAAAAACCUGACGGAAGGUUCCGAAGCGCACAAAUGCCAGCUGAUCCACAUAAACGACCGGAUCAUCGAGGUGGACGGCAAACCGUUGCAAGAAUUAACCAAUCACGAAGCCGUCAAACUCCUAAAGGAAACCGGGGAGGUGGUUAAUUUGACCUUUGAAAGGUACUUACGUGGUCCAAAAUAUGAGCAACUACAAGAAGCUUUAGCCAGCCAUGAAAGAAGAGCGAAAAGUCCUCCAUCUCCAUCCGUGAAAACUUUAAGUUGGAUUCCCAUUGAUAAUACCGAAGUUAUUUCAAUUGAACCGGAACAGGACUCUGUCAACUCGGUGCAGAGCGAAGUUUAUGAACAAAUCCCGGAAAAUAGGGAGAUUUUCAUCGAGGAGGACUUCGAGGCGAAUCCCGAGGACGAUCUGGAGACCACCAUCAAGCAGAAAUGGGAGGGAAUGUUGGGGACGGAGGCAAACAUUGUGGUUGCAAAUUUAACCAAAUUAAAAGGCUUAGGAAUUAGUCUUGAGGGUACAGUGGACGUCGAAGGAGGUAUCGAAUUAAGACCUAGGCAUUUUAUUAGGUCGAUACUUCCGGAAGGCCCCGUGGGACAGAAUGGAAAACUGAGCCCUGGAGAUGAAAUUUUAGAGGUGAACGGGCAAAAACUGUUGGGAUUAAAGCACGUGGAAGUGGUUAAAAUACUUAGGGAACUGCCGAACGCCGUUCGGUUGGUGUGUUCUAGGAAAGAUAUUGAUAAUAGGGUAAUAAACACCUCCCAGGACCGCGAAGCCUUCGAGCAACGAAAUAUUUUGGGCGGCAGCUUAAAAAAUCUCCUGCCGCAGCCGGAACCGCGUCUGAUUAAAGCCAUCAGUGAUUCCAGUUUGCACACGUCCAGCACCGUGACUGUAACAGACGAUCCGAGCAGUUUGAAGAAGGAAAAAUCGCGCUCUCUGGAGACGACCAACGUGGCGAUGUGGAGUGAAGAAGUGGAGUACGUGGAACUCCAAAAAGCCGAUAGAGGACUGGGGUUCUCUAUUUUGGACUAUCAGGAUCCGCUGGAUCCUAAGUCUACAAUUAUCGUGGUGAGGGGCUUGGUACCUCAUGGACCUGCCGAGUCUGACGGAAGAAUCACUCCAGGUGAUCGUCUAAUAAGCGUAAACGAGACCCUAAUAAAAAACUACACCUUGGAUCAGGCGGUCCAGGCCCUAAAGGGCACCCUUCCAGGAAUUGUCCGAUUAGGAAUUUCCAAACCUUUGCCUUGCUCCAGAACUAGCGGAACAAUAAGUAGUAGUAACACAUAAUUUAAUAAUUCUCUAGUCAUUAACAUAUCCGAAAAUCAAACUAUUUACUUUAUGUUGAUCUCAUAUUGAUAACGAAUGCGUGGGAAUAAAUGCGCAUCCAAUUGCUUACGUGUCAGGUUUUAGUCCAAUCGGAGACGAAAACUCCGAUUGACUAUUAAGUAUUAUUUUAUUUAACGCUGUGAUAAUUAUGAUCUUGUCAUUACGUCAAUAAUUUAUUAGUUGUGAACGGAAAAAUAUGUGAAUUAGUUAUACAAUAAUAAUAAUAAUAAUAAUAAUAGUAAUUAGUGCACAAUAUUAUUGUUAAAUUGGAACGGUUGUUAGGUUAAUAUGGUCGUCCAGUUGGUUUGAACUGUUUGAUAUAUCUCUAUCGCUUUCAUCAAUAAUUUGCUGACUUAUGCAAAAAAAUACUCCCAACCCAGAUUUCAAUUCUCAGUCGCAUUCACACCACUAUUGGGUUGCAAAAAAUUUAUUGCUUGCUAAAGAGUUUUAUAUCAACCGUCCAAUUUAACAUUUAAAUUACCCUUAUGCGAAUUUUCAACAAAAGUAUUCUUAGCACAAUCACUGCUGCCUUUACGAUUUCGGAUUAACAAUUUAGCUGUAAGACUCAACUGUGUUGUAAAUAAACAUUUAGAGAUUCGGGCACAAUAAUAAUAUUACUAAAUACUCUUGUUUUGGUUGUAAACAAUUAACAAAUUCGAAUUACAUAUCAGGCACAAAUUACAGGGUCUCUUUGAACCAAAAAUCAUCUAAAUAAUUGUUUCUUGUUAAUUGUUUAUAACAAAUUAUGGGUCCUAAGGCACACCCUCAAGAAAAUGGCCAGGAAUUGGAUGUAACCGUUACGGGGGCCAUAUUGUUACUUGGUAAAGUGUACUAAUAAAAUAUAGCUUUAAGCAUAAAUUAAAAUGCAAUCACCCUAUAUAUUUUUUCAUCGUCAUCCUGUUGAUUUAUUUAUGUAGAUUCACUUUCCGAACAGGUGGAUUUAAAUCAAAUUUUAUAUUAAUAAGACAUUUCUUCAAUUAAAAAAAAUGGUUCUGAUAGGAGAGAA